ACUCAUAAGUCACGACCGAUAGCUGCUCAUGCUCCGCUGCGACCGGUUCUUCUCGAGCACACGCCUCGUCGACAAUCAGACUCUUCAAAUCAGCUGCAAAUAUAUCAACAACAAGUUAUCUAGUCCACUUUACGCAUCUUGCAAUUGCAAUCAAGGAAGCGGCCUUGCAAGUCUGCGACGCAGCUCGAGCAGCUGUUAUAGCUCAAGACAGGUCCCUGCGGCCAUUGCGGAAGUUAAUGUCCGCUCGGUGCGCAGCCUCAGCCGCUGGCGAUGGCAGGACCUCGCUCAGGUGGCCUUCCUGCUAGCGGCAUCGUUCUAUGAGGACGGCGAAUCAUGGCAGCUCGAGAGCCCCCCGGUCCCGGCGACAAGUAGCACCGCAGUAAGCCAGGAUGUAACAGAACUGUUGCCUGCAUCGACUGAUGCCAGGCAGUCGGCAAGCGGCGCCGGCCGUAGCAGCAGGAACAGCAGCAGCAGCAGGGCAAGCAGCAGUGGCAGUGGAGCAAUCAACCGGCCACUGUCAGGAGCUGCUCUGCUGUUCGGUGCGUCCUCGCUCCUGGCCAUCUUGAUCCAGCACGCCACAUAUGGUGCGCGCCACGUCACGCUGCUUGCGGAGUUGCAGGAGUCCGGCGAGGUGAUUGGCUGCUGCGGGCUGACGUUCGAUGCUGCUCCAGCCGACGUCGUGGAGGCCACCGGCGCGCCACAGGGCUGCGAGUAUGCGCUGCUCACGGGCUUAGCAGUUGCGCCGCCGCAGCGCCGCCGUGGUGUCGCAUCGGCACUGCUGCAGGCGGCAGAGCAGGAGGCGCGGCGGGGCCCUGGCCAGGCACGGCGGGGCCCUGGCCCGGCACGGCGCCGGCUGCCGGCACUUCUGGCAUUGCUGGUUUCCAAACUCAACGCCGCGGGAAGGAGGCUGUACGAGCGGAACUUGUACGAGGAGGCAGAAGACUGGGUGGACACGCGGUGGGAGCUGGACGCAGAGAAGGGCCGUGUUGGGAAGCCCCGGCGGCUGCUCCUCUUUCGCCGAUUGACACAAUAGCUGGUUAGGUUGUGGCAUACGCAAGCCAGAGCAACGAUGGCGAUGUUGGUAGCAGGACGGACUCUUGUGUGUGUGGUGUGUGUGUGGUGUGUGGUGUUGCAGGCUGUAUGCGCGGAACAUUUUUUCAGUGUGAGCGAGAUUUGAGAGCGACGGUGUGCUGCAAUGAUGAGUUGGCGCUCUCAGAGGAGCCCGGGUCACAUUGUUGCGGACGGAGGCAUGGAUGGGGGUUCCUGGAGGCCUUAGCGAUGGUGGAGGGGCAACCUUUUGGCCUGACUAGAA